AUGAAGUGGUUUGUGCUUCUCGGGCUGGUGGCCUUAUCAGAGUGUAUAGUCAAAAUACCUCUAACGAGAGUGAAGACCAUGAGAAAAAUCCUCAGUGAAAAAAAUAUGCUGAACAAUUUCCUGAAGGAACAUGCUUACAGACUGUACCAGAUUUCUCCUCCUGGCUCAAACGCAACUAUUCACCCCCUGAGGAACAUCAUGGAUAUGCUCUAUGUGGGUAAAAUCACCAUUGGAACACCCCCUCAGGAAUUCCAAGUUGUCUUUGACACAGGCUCAUCUGAGUUGUGGGUGUCCUCCCUCUUUUGCCCCAGUCCAGCCUGUUCUACACACGUUAGGUUCAGACAUCUUGAGUCUUCCACCUUCCGUCCUACCAAAAAGACCUUCAGGAUCACCUAUGGAUCCGGGAGCAUGAAGGGAUUUCUUGCUUAUGACACCGUCCGGAUUGGGGACCUUGUAAGUACUGAUCAGCCAUUUGGUUUAAGCUUGGCAGAACACGGGUUUGAGGAUGCACCUUUUGAUGGCAUCUUGGGCUUGAGUUACCCUGACAUAUCCCUCACUGGAGGCAUCCCCAUCUUUGACAACCUGAAGAAACAAGGUGCCGUUUCUGAGCCUGUCUUUGCCUUCUACUUGGGCAAGACGAAGGGCAGUGUGGUGAUGUUUGGUGGGGUAGACCACCGCUACUACAAGGGAGAGCUCAACUGGGUACCAUUGACACAAGCAGGUGACUGGCGUGUACACAUGGACCGCAUCUCCAUGAAAAGAAAGGUUAUUGCUUGUUCUGGUGGCUGUGAGGCUCUUCUGGACACUGGGACAUCACUGAUCAUUGGCCCAACAAGACUGGUGAAAAACAUCCAGAAGCUCAUCGGCGCCACACCACGGGCUUCCGAGCACUAUGUUUCUUGUUUUGCGGUCAAUAUCCUGCCUUCUAUUAUCUUCACCAUCAAUGGCAUCAACUACCCAGUGCCAGCUCGAGCCUACAUCCUCAAGAAUGCCCGGGACAGCCACUGCUACACUGCCUUUAAAGAGAACACAGUGAGAUCUCCAGAGACUUGGAUCCUGGGUGACGUCUUUCUGAGGCUGUAUUUCUCGGUGUAUGAUCAAGGAAAUGACAGGAUUGGCCUGGCAAAGGCAUCGUAA